ACUUGAACUGAUGUAUACUGCACUGAACAGAGCUGUACUGUACUUGAACUAAUGUUUACUGUACUGAACUGUACUUGGACUGAUGUACUCGAUGCACUGAACUGAUAUGUACUGUACUUGAACUGAUGUUUACUGUACUGAACUGAUCUGUACUGUACAUAUCUUAUUUGUUAAAAUAUAUUUGUUCAGUUUGCCAUACGUCAACUCCACUAUUGACGUUUUAUGUGACAAAUGUGUUUACGUUGUUAAUUGGAUUUUGGAAUGGAAUUUAAUUUGACACAAAAUCAUACAUUAAGACUUAACACACUACAGAUGUCAUAUGACUAAUGACUACUACUACUAGGACUACUGCAGGACUCCUUCCGUCAUAACCUACAAACAGGGAAACCCCAAAGGCGUUCAGUUUGAUUAUAGACUAAAUAAACCACAUGGAAUAAUAUGAUAAAAAUUUCUUGAUAUUUUGGGCUAAUCUGCGAAUUGUUGUCCCCCUUGUGUUCUAUUGCACUCUAUCUCCUUUCAAGCCACUGAUGUCCUCUGUAGUCCCUUGCUGCUUAGUCUUCAUGUAGGACUUUGUAGGACUAAUAUGUGAUUUGUAAGUACUCCUAGUAAGGUCAAUAGUUAGAUCUAAACAAUUGUCAAUAGUUUUAUAAUUUUAGCUCCCAUCCCAUCGGCUUGGUUCAUUUUUCUAAAUAUUUCAGAUAGAAUGGAAGACGAGUUUAAGAUGGAAAAAGAGGAAGUUUCUUUGAAGGGAGAGUUCCUUCCGACCUCGACUGAAGAAGACACAUGUGAUUGUGCUGCUUAUUACUCGUUUACUGUCGAUGUACCUGGAGAUAAAGUAGUCUGAAAGCACAGAAUCUGAAGAGGGAAAGCUGAAAAAUAGAACUGAACAAUCAACAAUCUAAAUCAGAAAACAUAAGAAGGACGAACCAUGAAGCUGUCAAACAUCCCUGCAAUCAAUUUGAAUAUGUUGCAAAUUCACGUGGUACAUUAAAGAGACACGUUGUGAGUAAACAUGAUGGAGUAAUAUAUUCUUGUAACAUUUGUGAAUUUACUACAAACCAUAUAGUAAAUUUAAACAGACACAAGAAAAGAAAGCAUGGAGUGGAAAAAUAUCCUUAUGAUGAAUGUAAUUAUUUGGCAACUACCUCGAAUUGUCUAAAACUACAUAUUAAAAAGAAUCAUGAAGCUGUAAGAUAUGCAUGUAGUAAAUGUGAUCAUUUAGCAAAUUCCUCCGGAAGUCUGAGGAGACAUUUUAAAAUCAAACAAUAACAUGAAGGAUUAAGAUGUUUUUGUAAAGAAUGUGAAUAUGCAGCAACUGAACUAGGAAGUCUUAAGAAACAUGUAAUAAGUAAACAUGAAUUGGGGUGAGAUAUCCUUGUGAAGAAUGUGAAAUGGUUGCAUAUGAUUUAGGUAAUCUAAGAAGACAUCUGAAAAGUAAACAUGAAAAAGUAAUAUAUCCUUGUAAUGCAUGUGAAUAUGCUGCAACUGAUUCGAUGAAUUUGAAAAGACAUAUAAAGAGAAAACACAUGGAAGUCAGAUAUCCCUGUGACAAAUGUGAUUGUUCAGCGACUACCAGUACCAAGCAAUCUUUAAAAUCACACAACGAGAAUAAACAUGAUGGAGUCCGAUAUCUUUGUGAUAAAUGUGAGGUUGUGACAACAACAUCAAGAAAUCUGAAAAGACAUACGAGAAUAAAGCAUGAAGCGGCUAAAUAUCCUUGUAAUGAAUGUGAAUUUACGGCAUCUACAACACCUUACUUGAAGAGACAUAUUCUAAAAUUACUUGAAUAUAUUACAAUUUACAUGAAUUCUACAAAUUAUGAAUUCUACAAAUUACUUGAAUAUAUUACAACUUACAUGAAUUCUACAAAUUACUUGAAUAUAUUACAGUUUACAUGAAUUCUACAAAUUACUUAAAUGUAUUACAAUUACAUAAAUUUUAAAAAUUAUUUUCAGAAAAAAAUGGCGGACAAUAUGAAAAAAGAACUGAAUCCUUUAAAAGAAGAAACCAUUGAAUCCUCUACUGUAGAGAAAAUACUUGAAUCCUCUACUGCAGAGAAAAUACUUGAAUCCUCUACUGCAGAGAAAAUACUUGAAUCCUCUACUGCAGAGAAAAUACUUGAACCCUCUACUAUAGAGGAACCCCUUGAAUACUCAACUGCAGAGGAACCCGUUGAAUACUCUACUGAGGAAACCCUUGAAUCCUCUACUGCAGAGGAAACCCUUGAAUUCUCAAAUGCAGAGGAACUCCUUGAAUCCUUAACUGCAGAGGAAACCCUUGAAUCCUCUACUGCAGAGGAACCCCUUGAAUCCUCUACUGCAGGGGAACCCUUUGAAUCUACUGCAGAGGAAACCCUUGAAUCCUCUACUGCAGAGGAACCCCUUGAAUCCUCUACUGCAGAGGAACCCCUUGAAUCCUCUACUGCAGAGGAACCCCUUGAAUCCUCCACUGCAGAACCCCUUGAAUCCUCAUCUGCAGAGGAACCCCUUGAAUACUCUACUGAGGAAACCCUUGAAUCCUCUACUGCAGAAGAAACCGUUGAAUCCUCUACUACAAAGGAACCCCUUGAAUACUCUACUGAGGAAACCCUUGAAUCCUCUACUGCAGAGGAAACCCUUGAGUUCUCAAAUGCAGAAGAACUCCUUGAAUCCUCAACUGCAGAGGAAACCCUUGAAUCCUCUACUGCAGAGGAAACCUACUCAGUUUAUGUAAAAGAAGAAGAUGUUAAAGUGGAAAUUAAAGAGGAAAAUAUGAUGGAUGGAGAGGAUCCUUUGCCAUCUAAACUAAAUAAAGAUACGAAAUACGGGUAUGGAAAAACUAAUUAUUCUUGUAAGCAAUGCAACUUUACUACAAUCGAUAAAAGGAUUCUGAAGAAACACGUUAUCAAUACGCAUAGAGGAUUGCGAUAUCCUUGUAGUGAAUGUGAAUAUGUUGCUACCAAAGCAAGCAGCUUGAAGAUGCAUAUAAAAUCUAGACAUCCACGAAACAGUUAUCCUUGUACUAAAUGUGAUUUUGUUGCUGCUACUAUUUUAUAUCUGAGAAGACAUAUUACUAGCAAUCAUGGAAAAGAAAAAUAUCCUUGUGAUAAAUGCGAAUUUGUUGCCAACCAGCCAAGUCAACUGAAGAAACAUGUUGAGAAUAAACAUGAAGGAAUUAGAUAUCCUUGUAAUGAAUGUCAGUAUGCAGCAACUGCAGUGAGCCACCUGAAGAAACAUAUUGAGUUUAAACAUGCAGGAGUAAGAUAUUUUUGUGACAAGUGUGAGCAUUCUGCAUCUACGUCAAGCAGUCUCAAGAAACAUAUUCAAAAUAAACAUGAAGGAAUAAGAUAUCCUUGUAAUGAAUGUGAAUAUACUGCAGCGGAUUCAGGAAAUCUGAAGAAACAUAAGAAAAGAAAACACGAAGGGGUGAGGUAUCCCUGCAAUGAAUGUGAGUACGAGGCAACGGAAGAAGGAAAUUUGAAAAGACAUAUUUAUAGUAAGCAUCUAGGAUUAAGAUAUUACUGCCAACAAUGUGAUUAUGUUGCAUCUCAGGAAGGUCAUUUGAAGAGACAUACAAAAAACAAACAUGAUCUUGAAAAGAUCAGAUAUCCGUGCAAUGAAUGUGAGUAUGUAGCUACUGAAGAGUGGAGUUUGAAGAGACAUAUGAAAACCAAGCAUGAGGAAGUUAAAUAUCCCUGCAACAAAUGUGAAUAUGUGGCAACUAUAAAAGGAAAUUUAAAGCGGCAUGAAAAAGCUAAACAUUUGUAAAUUUAUCUUUUUCUCUCUUUAAAGUUCUACAAUCUUCACAUGAAAUACAUGAUACAUUUCUUAAAGAAAAUCAGUCACUUUAUAAAACGUGAUAAAUGUUUAUUAGAUGGUUUACAAAAACUUAUAUAAGAGUUUUCUGUUAAUAAAAAUUGUUAUUAAAAGGCAUAAAUGUAAAUAAAGAAGUUGCAUUUUUAUUCCGGAAGAAGAAACUCUUUCGAUAUGCUUAUUGCUUAAUGCUAAUAUAAAGAAGAUAUUGGUGUAUAUGAUUAGAAUUUAAUAUCAAAUAAGAUAAACAGACCCGCAGUCCUCUCAUUUCAAUUAACUGUAUAAAUCAAAUCCAAGAUUGAGAUUGUAAGAGUUUGAGGCGUAGUAAUAUUUCUGACAUUUCUCUUUGAACAAUGUAUUUAGAUACAUGAAUAUUAUUAAAGAGAAAUAACAGUGAAAAUGGUGAAAAUCCACAAACCCCAGUGUUUAUUAUAUUAUACUUACAUAUCUUUACAUCCUAUAUCCCUGUACCUUCAAAAUUAUUCAAACAUUUUUGAUUAAUAAUCAAUAUCUUUUCUUCUCUUCCGAUUUUUGUUUUUAUAGGCUUUAAGUAGAUGUCUUUUAUUAAUCAUAAAAAUACAAAUAAAAUUUCUUUUUUUGCGGCA